AUGGAGACCAACGGCAUCAUGGUCAACACCAUUGCCGAGCUCGAGCCAAGCGUUCUUGCAGCUAUUACAGGCGGGAGAUGCACGUGCGGGGUCCGGCCCCCGACGGUAUAUACGAUCGGCCCGGUGGUCGCCAUCGCGCCACGGAUCCAGCUGGUCAACGAGUGCCUGCGGCGGUGGCUCGACUCACAGCCAACAGCCUCCGUGUUGUUCCUAUGCUUCGGAGGCGGCGGCGGGUACUUCAGCACGCACCAGGUGCACGAGAUAGCACGGGGCCUGGAGCGCAGUGGCCACCGCUUCCUUUGGGUGUUGCGUGGACAGCCGGAGCCCCCCGGCAGCAAGCUGCCCACGGACGCAAACCUCGCGGAGCUGCUACCGGCGGGUUUCUUGGAGAAGACAAAGGAGAGAGGGCUGGUGUGGCCCACGAGGGCGCCACAGAAUGAGAUACUAGCCCACGCCGCUGUGGGUGGCUUCGUCACGCACUGCGGCUGGAGCUCGAUCGUCGAGAGCCUGUGGUUCGGCGUGCCAACUCUGCCGUGGCUGCACGCCGCCGAACAGCACUUCAACGCGUUCACGCUUGUGGCAGAUAUGGGCGUCGCCGAGGCGAUGAAGGUGGACAAGAAGAGAAACAAUUUCGUUGAGGCUGCCGAGCUGGAGCGAGCGGUUAAAGCUCUCAUGGACGACGGCGAGACGGCGAGGAAGAUUAGGAACAAAUCCGUGGAGAUGAAAGCUGCGUGCCGCAAGGCCGUGGAGCACGGCGGAUCGUCGGUCGUCUGCCUGGAGAGGCUGUAUGAUGCGCUCAUCCACGGCGCCGUGGACCCGAAAAAGAUGCUUGCAGACCUCCAGAGUGAUGGCACGGAGUGGGUGGCUUCACAUGUGAACGAGGAGAGCACAAACCUUCUCCUGUCUUGGAACAUACUCCUAGAGAGAGGUCUUCUUGGGUGGAGACUGGGCCCGACGGAGGAGGAACUAAGGCCAAGAGCAUCAGAGGGUGUCACCUUCACCUCCUUCCAUCGCGGUGGCUUUGGCAUCGCCACACCCCCCUUCUCUCGAGGGCUCUUAUACUUCUACGGGGUCUGCCUCCAUGACCUGACUGCGUACGAGAUCAUCCACCUCGCCAUCUUCGUGGCACUAUGUGAGCGUUUCCUAGGAGUUGCCACUCACUUCGCGCUUUGGAGGCGGCUCUUCCAAGUGGAGCUGGUGGAGACAAAUGGCGUCCCCAACCGAGUGGGCACUGCCGUCAUAUGGCUUCACCUUGACACAGGGUAG